UGCACCGCACUUCCCUUGCUAAUAUCCAUAAGCAAAUACAUUCACAAAUUCACGGAGAAAAAAAGUUGCCAAGUCCAGCAACUUGGUUUAGCAAUUAACACUGGAGUUCCGCGUCCCGUGAAAAUUAGUAGUAGAAUCCUUUUAAAAAACUACAACCCAAACGCACGCUUCUGAAUGUGAGCGUGUGAUUCCCCCCUACUCCUCAAUCCCAUAUGUUGCUGGCGACAAUGAUAGCUGUGCUUCUGCUUCCUUAAAAUAAAAAAUUGAUUACUUUUUAUAUAAAACGUUCUUUAGAAUCCCUGCAUCCUCAGAAUUUAACAAAUCCUGUGAAACCUAGAAAAGAAGGGGAAAUUAAAAUGCGGAUAGCACCAUGGGGGGAGAAUUUUGGAUUGGUGUAAAACCGAAGAGAAAAUCGAAUCAAGGAAGAAAUAACUGUAUGGAAUUGGAAUUUCGGGAACCUGAGGGAGAUAUGCGUUUGGUCGUGACCUACGGAUGCCGGUUUCGAUUCCGAUCGGCAUUCGAUUCCUACUCGGUAGCUUGUGAGGCAUUCUCUGAAAAACAACAACAGAUUCUCUCUGCGUCGUGUUCGCUUCCAAUCAGGGUCAAAAUUGACCUCUAAUAGCGUUUCUGCCUUUAUUUUUUUCUUAAAAUUUUUUUAUUUUUCUUUUUUUUGUGGAUUUUCUUUUGGCUGUUGUUGUUGGAAAUUUCGAUCGGGUUUUGUUGGUUGUGGCGGCGUUUAGUUCUUUGUACAUAGAAAAAAAUGGAGUCGGCUGAUGAUUGUGAUAUCGCUGAGAAAGAUCCUUCGGGUCGGUACGUUCGGGGUUUCUCAGAAUCUGUUUGGUUUCCAAGAAACUUGGAGAAAAGCAAUUUGACUUAUAAUUCUCGAAUUCUGAGGGAAACUGGUGAACUUUUAUAUGAUAAUCAAAUACUGCUUACUGUUUAGGCUUACGUUAGUAAGAGUUUUGGUAAAUUGCUGUGCAAGUGAUACAAGUUUUGGUUUGUCUUGUUUAAUUCCUUCAGUAUGAUGAGAUCCUGGGAAAGGGAGCAUUCAAGACUGUUUACAAGGGAUUUGAUGAAGCUGAUGGAAUAGAGGUUGCAUGGAACCAAGUCAAUAUUGAAGAUGUAUUGCAGACACCUGAACAGCUGGAAAGAUUAUAUUCUGAGGUUCAUCUUUUGAAGUCAUUGAAACAUGAAAAUAUUAUCAAGUUCUACAAUUCCUGGGUGGAUGAUAAGAACAAGACCAUCAACAUGAUUACAGAGUUGUUUACUUCAGGGAGUUUGAGGCAAUACCGUAAGAAGCAUAAGAGUGUUGAUUUGAAGGCCAUAAAGAAUUGGGCUCGGCAGAUUCUUAGAGGUUUACACUAUCUGCAUAGUCACCAUCCUCCGAUCAUUCAUAGAGAUUUAAAAUGUGAUAAUAUAUUUGUAAAUGGAAAUAAUGGAGAAGUCAAGAUUGGAGAUCUUGGAUUGGCAACUGUCAUGCAGCAGCCCACUGCCCGAAGCGUAAUUGGCACUCCUGAAUUCAUGGCACCAGAGCUUUAUGAUGAGGAAUAUAAUGAGCUUGUUGAUAUAUAUUCUUUUGGUAUGUGCAUGUUGGAGAUGGUUACUUGUGAAUAUCCAUAUAAUGAGUGCAAAAAUCCAGCUCAAAUAUAUAAGAAAGUUACCUCUGGUAUUAAACCUGCUUCCCUUGUUAAAGUGAAUGAUCCCCAAGUUAAACAGUUUAUUGAGAAAUGUCUUCUUCCAGCAUCUAUGAGAUUGCCAGCUGUGGAGCUCUUGAAAGAUCCAUUCCUUUUGGCUGAAAUUCCUAAGGAAGUUCCUAGUGGUCUACCGCAGUUACCAAGUCUUAUGCCCAAAUUAGUAAACUUGAUCCAGUCUGAACCUCAUCCAAUGGACAUAGAUCCAAACUGCAAAAAACUUCUGAUCAAUUCAUCCACCAAAAGCAUCAAAGAAACUCCUCAGUUCUCAACUCUUGAGCUACAGUGUCUCACUGAGAAUAAUGAAUUUAGGUUAAAAGGGGAGAAAAAUGAUGAUAAUACAAUUUCAUUGACCUUGCGCAUUGGUGAUCAAUGUGGUCGAGCAAGGAAUAUCCAUUUUACAUUUUAUCUAGACUCUGAUACUGCAACUUCAAUCGCUGAGGAGAUGGUUGAACAACUUGAUUUGUCGAAUGAAAAUGUAACUGUCAUUGCAGAGUUGAUUGAUAGCAUGAUCAUGAAGCUUAUACCCUGUUGGAAACCUUCAUUUGGAAACAUUUCAUGCCUACGAGAUGGCUUCUGCUGCCCAAGUCAGGCCAGUAUUAAGACAGUUGGUGAGCAAGAAGUUUUCUCAGAGUUGGCUGUUGUAAAAUGUCAAGACACCCCAGAAUCUGUCAGUUCAGAUAUAUCAGCUGAAUCUGAUGGAAUGUUGGCUUCAGAUGGGAGUAAUAACAAACCAAUGGGAUAUUCUGGUUACAGUUAUGGUGAAUGCCAUCAAGGUUCAAACACAUAUGAUUUUGGUUCAGGUAUUGGGGUUUACAAUCAUCUCGGGUGUAAAGAGACUGGUGAUGAGGAAAACCUUGGGGAAUCUGUUCUGAUAAACGACUCAGCAAAGUACUCUGAUACAUCCUUAAUGGAUUCUUGUGCUUUUGCAUCACAAGAUAUGAGCUUGUCAAGCAUAUGCUCUCUAUCCCUAGCAGACAAGGAUAAGUUUGUCGAGCUGAAGUUGGAGCUUGAUGCGAUUGAUUCACAGUAUCACCAGUGUUUCCAAGAGCUCAUGAGGAUGAGAGAAGGAGCAAUAGAAAACGCCAAAAAGAGGUGGAUAACAAAGAAGAAAGCAUUUGUGAUGUAAUGUACAGAUUUACCUUGCCAGAGAUUUAAGUUUUCUCCGGCUCCCUUAGCUUGUGAUAGUUACUUUUUUUUUUUUUUUGCUGUGUCUGUUGCAUUGGAAGAAAUUAUUUCUUGACAGAUUUCAUUUAUUUGGUUUAUUUGAUUUAUCAUAUUGUUUCUUCUUGAUCAUUGAGACCUUGACUCUAAAUGUGACUUAAAUUUUAUGGAUAAGUACGAAAUGGACCACUUUUUGAUUUGA